CGGAGCCCGGAGGUGUGGCCCCGGCCGCCGGGAUAAGAGCUUGGCCGAAGGCUGGCAGGGACUACGAGCGGUGGGGGCGGUGGCCCCGCGAUGUCGCUAGUACUGCUGAGCCUGGCCGAGCUGUGCUGCGGUGCCAUGCCUCCGGAGCCGGUAAGCCCACAUCCGCGCCCCCUCCCGCUUUCCCCUCCCUCGAGCCCGGACCCAAAUUCGUCCCACCCGUCAGCUCAUGCUUCUCCAAGGCGUUCGCGGAGGGCCGUCUGUAGGGGACGCGUGUGCAUGCUCUGGGGCACCGGGGCUUCCCACUUUGCCUUGCAGUGGACGUUUUCCUACAUUGGCUUUCCUGUAGAGCUGAACAGAGUCUAUUUCAUUGGGGCCCAUAACAUCCCCAAUGCAAAUAUGAAUGAAGACGGCCCCUCCCUGGCUGUGAACUUCACCUCACCAGGCUGCCUGGACCACAUAAUGAAAUACAAAAAAAAGUGCAUCGAGGCAGGAAGUCUGUGGGAUCCAAACAUCACUGCUUGUAAGAAGAAUGAGACCACGGUAGAAGUGAACUUUACAACCAGUCCCCUUGGAAACAGAUAUAUGGCUCUCAUACAAAAUACCACUGUAAUUGGGACUUCUUAUGUGUUGGAGGUACUUUUUUCCCCUUCAUUUCCUCAACACCACCCCCGUCCUCAACCUCCAGCUCUCCUUCUCUUGUUGAAGAACGCAGAUUUCCUGGACAGGCUCUCUUUUGAGAGAGCACGGGCAGAACUGUCUGCUGUACAAAUAUGCAGAAGUGUGCUGGGUGGAUGGCUGCCUCUCCUCCUCUCGGCUCUGCUGGUGGCCACGUGGGUGCUGGCGGUUGGGAUCUAUCUGACCUGGAGGCAUGAAAGGAUCAAGAAGACUUCCUUCUCUACUACCACACUACUGCCCCCCAUUAAGGUUCUUGUGGUUUACCCAUCUGAAAUAUGUUUCCAUCACACAGUUUGCUACUUCACUGAAUUUAUUUAAAACCACUGCAGAAGUGAAGUCAUCCUUGAAAAAUGGCAGAAAAAGAAAAUAGCCGAGACGGGUCCCGUGCAGUGGCUUACCACUCAGAAGAGCGCCACGGAUAAGGUCAUUUUCCUUCUUUCCAAUGAUAACACCAUGUGUGAUGGUACCUGUGGCAAGAGGGGGGGCAGCCCCUGUCAGAACUCCCAAGACCUGUUCCCCAUCGCCUUGAACCUCUUCCGCAGCGAUCUGAGAAGCCAGACUCAUCUGCACAAAUACGUGGUAGUCUAUUGCAGAGUGGAUACCAAAGACAACGACACUGGGCUCAGUGUCUGCCCCACAUACCGCCUCAUGAAGGAUGCUACAGCUUUCUGAGAGCUUCUCCAUGCCAAACAACGUGUGUCGACGGGGAGAACGGUGCACGCCUGCCACUACAGCUGCUCCUCCCCAUAGCCCAGCCACGAAGCAGGAGACCUUAAAGCCUUCCUACUGCUCCAAUUACAGGAGGAAAGCAUCUGUGAUGAUUCUGAAGUUUACCGUACAGGCUACUUGUAGGGAGGAUUACAGCUGAACCUUGAACAACCCAGGGGGUAGGGGUGCUGACCCCUGUGCAGUCGAAAAUUCAUGUAUAACUUUACAGUCCACUAUCUGUCUCUGUGGUUCUGCAUCCGUGGAUUCAACCAACUGCAGGCCGGUAGUAUGUAUUUAUUGAAAAAAUCUACAUAUAAGUGAAUCUGCCCAGUUCAAACUUGUGUUGUUCAAGGGUCAACCAUAUGUAUACCUGCGUUAGCAAAAGUAAGGGAGGAUUCACAACUGAAUACAUACACCUUAGUCUAGUAAUUAAAAGUUUUUAUGCUUAUAAAAUUGUUACAAAUUUAUUAACUACUGUGGCAUUAAAGAACAGAAACUGAAUUUAUAACUAUAAAGCUAAGU